CGCAGAGUUUGUCGCUAACACAAAUAAAUAUACAAAGAGCUUUCGAUCAUGCCUUACUUCCUCUUAAAGAAGAUCGCGUGAAGAAUGGAAGAUUCCAAUACCGCCUGGGUGUUACUACUUUUUCUAAACAGUGUAGUUUUACUAGAGGGAUUUCAAUGGUCUUAUCAGCAACAAGCAAACCAUGUAAUCGACGUGGUCGCUGGUUUAAAUGUUGCACUCCCAUGCGAUUAUGUGCUGACUCCUCAAGAACAACAACAAGCCGAUAUAUUUCAUUUGCUUACCUGGUCCAGAGAACAACCUUAUAACAGUGAUGAAUGGGCCGGAUUGGCCAUCAACUCAACAAUGACUGGAAGCAAAGUCAUUUACGAUGAUCCACAACGCAUUUUCAUUACGGACAAGACUUUGAAUAUUAUGAACGUGACCGAAGAAGAUCACACUCGCUACCAGUGCUCAUUUCGAAGCAGUUUCUUCACAUCACCGAGUAUUAUCGAGUUAAACGUACAGUGUAAGUAUUACUCGACUGUUAAGGACUUCUGAAAGUUUUAUAGUUAU